AUGGCAGCAGAAGCCAAACCUCAAAUCGUCACCCACGUCAACAAACUCAAUUACUUCUCUAUCCUCCUCCUCCUCUCCUUCAACGUAGCAUCCGGCGCCGGAGGAACAUGGAAGCUUCUCUUAAACGAGGUCGGAAUCUCAGCAAUGCACUCACAACUCCUCAUCAACGACCGGGUCAUAAUGUACGAUCGUUCCAACUUCGGUCCUUCAAAAAUCUCUCUCCCUAGCGGAGCCUGCCGCGACAGCCCAAACGACGUCGUUUCCAAACGUGACUGCUCGGCGCACUCCAUCGAAUACGACGUCGCUUUUAACAGCAUCCGUCCUUUAAUCAUUGAAUCAAACACAUGGUGCUCCUCAGGAGGAGUCACUCGAGAGGGAGCUCUCCUCCAGACGGGAGGAGACAAAGAAGGGGAACGUAAAGCUAGAAUGUUCUAUCCUUGCGACGACGAGUCAUGUGAUUGGACAGAAGUUGAUAACGCACUUAACGUAAGAAGAUGGUACGCUACGAAUCAUGUUCUUCCAGAUGGUCGUCAGAUCAUAGUAGGAGGUCGAAACCAGUUCAACUUCGAGUUCUUCCCUAAGACAAAAGCUCCAAGUCUCUACAAGUUACCGUUCUUGUCCGAAACCUACGAUGUGGGACAAGAAAACAAUCUCUACCCUUUCAUUUUCCUCAACAGCGACGGAAACUUAUUCAUAUUCGCUAACAACAAAGCCAUUUUGCUAGACUAUAAUAAGAACACUGUCGUGAAAACGUAUCCGAAGAUCCCUGGAGGCGAUCCGAGAAGCUAUCCGAGCACUGGUUCAGCUGUUCUUCUCCCCAUCAAGAACCUUGAAGCUGAGGUUGUCGAGAUGGAAGUUCUGGUGUGCGGCGGUGCACCGAAAAGAUCAUACCUCCUCGCUUUAUAUAAAAACACUUUUGUCAAAGCUCUUGACACGUGUGCAAGAAUCAAGAUCAAUGAUGAUAAACCUCAAUGGGUUCUCGAGAAGAUGCCUAGGUCGAGAGUAAUGGGAGAUAUGAUCCUUUUACCUAACGGACAUGUUCUGUUAAUUAACGGUGGCUCAUCAGGCUCUGCUGGUUGGGAGCUAGGUCGUGAACCGGUUUUGAACCCUGACCUUUAUCAUCCCAAUAAACCGGUCGGUUCGAGAUUCCAAGUUCAGAAUCCUAGUACUAUACCAAGAAUGUACCAUUCAACCGCCGGUUUACUCCGUGACGGUAGAGUUCUUGUCGGAGGAAGCAACCCACAUCAGUUUUAUAAUUUCACCGACGUUCUUUUCCCGACGGAGCUUAGGCUAGAAGCUUUCUCUCCGUCGUAUUUGGAAUCUCAGUAUUGGAGUAUACGUCCGAGGAUUAUUAGUCUUUUAUCACACUCUACCGUUAACUACGGUGGAAUCUUGAGGCUGAGGUUUAUGGUGUUCGGUAUAGGAGGAGUGCGAAGUCCGGUUAAGGUGACGAUGGUGUUUCCUUCGUUUACUUCUCAUUCCUUCUCGAUGAGUCAGAGACUUUUGGUUCUUGAUCAUGUUGAGUUAGUGAGGAUAGGAGUGUGGACUUAUGAGGUUAGGGUUAAGGCACCAAGAUAUAAGAACAUUGCACCACCUGGUUAUUACAUGGCUUUUGUUGUGAACCAAGAUAUACCGAGUGAAGGUAUUUGGGUAAGGUUGCAGUGAAUGUGUUUGUCAAUGUUAUUAUAGUUUGUUCUACGUGUGUGUGGUAAUUUUUAUUUUAAAAAAAUCUGUUGAAUACUUUUUGAUUUGAGUGAUCAAAAUUUAUU